UCUACUUUCACUUUCUUCGUCCUAGUUUUUGACAUGCAACACUUCAUUCAUCAUGCUGUCCAAAAGAUCUGCAGCCUUUCUUCUGAAAAGCCUGAACAGUUCACAAUUGUCCAGUGAGGCAAUUAGAAAUGGAUUUGUUGGUAUGGUAGGAAGGACUCCAUUAGUUAGACUCAACAAAGUUAGCCAAGAAACAGGUUGUGAAAUUUUAGCUAAAGCUGAGUUUUGUAAUGGUGGAGGAUCCGUCAAGGAUAGAGCAGCAUUAUUUCUCAUUAAAGAUGCACAGGAAAAAGGACAGUUAAAACCUGGUGGUACAGUGGUUGAAGGGACAGCUGGCAACACAGGAAUAGGUCUGGCACACAUGUGCUUUGCCAUGGGAUACAAAUGUGUCAUUUACAUGCCAAACAACCAAUCACAAGAGAAAAUAGAAAUGUUAAAACUGCUUGGAGCAGAUGUGCGACCUGUUCCAGUUGUGCCAUGGACAGACCCAGACAAUUAUAAUCAUCAGGCUAAAAGAUUUGCAGAGAGUAUAGAGAAUGCUGUUUGGACUAAUCAGUUUGAUAACACAGCUAACAAGCGGGCUCAUAUAGAAACAACUGGUCCUGAAAUCUGGCAAGAAACAGGUGGUAAAGUGAAUGCUGUUGUGUUUGGAACAGGAACUGGGGGAACAUUGGGAGGUGUUGGAACUUACUUGAAAGAAAAGAACCCCAAAGUACAAGUAUAUCUGGCUGAUCCGCAGGGCAGUGUUUUAUAUAAUUACUUUAAACACGGAAAAUUAGAACGAUCAGAGGGAAGUUCAAUAGCAGAAGGAAUCGGCCAAGGUCGGUUGACAGAUAAUUUAAAAGAUACGCCAAUCGACGAUGCUUUCUUGAUAAAAGAUACAGAUGCAGUAGAAAUGGUAUUUCGCUUAUUACAUGAAGAGGGAUUUUUUGUUGGUGCUUCGUCGGGAUUAAAUGUAGUAGGGGCAGUGCAAGCAGCUAAGUUGAUGGGACCAGGCCAUACAAUAGUUACUUGCUUGUGUGACACAGGACAGAAAUACUAUGGAAAGUUAUUUAGUAGGAAGAUCCUAGAAGAAAAAGGUUUGCUGGAGGCAGUGCCAUUACAGUAUAGAAGUUCAUUACAUGGAUAACAUAUGUAUACUACCUCGACAUUGCAAUAUAUGUAUUACAAGUGUAUCAUCUUAUUAAAUCUUCAGUUUUAUAUUAUUUGUUUCAAAUUGUUAUAGUUAAUGAGUGACCUUGCGGCUUGUUAAUUUCUGAUGGAUAUUUGUUAUCUCUUUCCUUUCUUUUUUUCUUUUUUUUUUGGGGGGGGGGGGGGGGG